AUGAUGCAACCUGGGAUGUUUCAGACCUUGUGGCCGUACCUGAAUGUAACAAAUUCACCUUCGGAUACAAAUGAAUACACUGAUCAGAUGGGGAGCUCUGAAUUUUCUUCCAUUUUCAUGGCUUCGGACGAAUUUUCAGAAACUUCUUUUCCAUUUUCAACCAUGUUUUCUGGUGAAUUUGAACAAGUUGCAGAUAGUGAUCAUCUCCUGCAAGUCUAUUCGACCGAGGUGGAGGAAUUUCCGAUGGAGUUGGGAGGAUUCGAGCCUAACUAUUUAAUCGGUGAGAUAGAAAAUAUGUAUGCCUCAUGUUUGGAGAGCAGUGAGGGUAGUACUCUUCCUUCGCAGCAAUUUUCUGUUGAAGGAAAUGAUGCGUGGAGUCCAAACUCUUUUGUGACAUCUGAGACAUCCGUCCAACAAUCAAUAACCCUGCCGAUAGACGAGAUGGAAAUCGACAACAAAGUGAGUAUUCACCAUCUGCUCAAGGCGUUCGGUGAGGCCAUGGAGAUGGGGCAGAGGGAGCUGGGGAAGGUGAUCAUGAGAUGCCUUGCGGAGAAAGUAAACCCACUUGGUCAAUCCCUUGAGCGCGUUGCGUUCAACUUAUGUCAAGGAGUUGUUGAUAACCAGCACAGAGACUAUUUGAAACAAGAAUCCUGCAAGAAUUUUGAGGCAGCAUUCAACUUGUUCUACCAAAUCUUCCCUUUUGGAAGAUUUGCUCACUACGCAGCAAACACCGCAAUCCUCAAGGCUAUCCCAGAAGAUGUAGAGACGGUUCAUGUAGUGGAAUUUGAUAUCGGUGAAGGGGUUCAAUUGUCUCAGCUGAUUGAGGCUGUGGCAAAGAGAAACAAAACAUUAAAAGUGACAGCAAUUAAAUGGGAUGUGGAUGAGAGAGAUGAGGUUGCUCCUCCACAGUGGAGAUUUGAGGAGACGAAAAGGCAACUCCAGCAUCACGCAAGGUCUUUUGGUCUAAACUUGAAGGUGGAGGAGAUCACGAUCGAGGAUUUGGUGAGCGAAAUCAAGAAGGUGAACAAAAGAGGUGGAAGAAGAGAAUUUAUAGCCUUCAACACUAUGGUAGGGCUUCCUCACAUGAGGAGGAGAAGAAGCAGAGGACUUGUCAUGGAAUUCCUAAGGCUAGUUAAGAAUUUACUAGCCAAUUCGGCAAGAGGUAUCAUAACGUUUGGUGAUGGAGAUGCUUGCGCGUUAAGGGGAAAUGACUCGAGUUUCAGCUCCUUCUUUGACACGAAUGUUGUGCAUUACAAAGCCUUGUUAGAGUCUUUGGAAUCAACCUUCCCGAGCCACCUAGGAGAGGCAAGGAUGGUGAUGGAGUUGUUGUUUGUGGCACCGUAUGUGUCUUCUCAGGCUUGGCUCGAUAAGUGGAACGAAGCAAGAGAAGGCAGAAAUCUUCAGUCCUGGUUCGGGCUUGAGGGUAGGCGAGUGAGCGGGGAAAUGUUGACGGAGGCCAAAGAAAUGGUGGGAGCAGAUAGCUCGUACGGAGUGAGAAUUGGAGGAGAGAAUGCGAAUGAGAUGGCCUUGGAAUGGAAUGGAAUUCCUUUGGUUACAGUGGAAACCUGGACAAACCAAAGCUAG